GCGGCCAUGUGGGAGGAAGGCGUGUUGCUCCAUGGGGGGGGGAAGCGGUGGCGCCACGGCAGGGUGCGCGAGGACGGCGUACCGCAAUACAUUCAUGAUCGGCUCAUGCUGCUGUGCUACGAAAACGACCCGCUACACCUCACCCCCGCUAUAGACAACCACAGGUACAUCGGGGUAAUGACGGAGGCAGCACGCAUAUUCGCUCAGACGUAUGCCGCCGACGUGCUUUUGCUUAACUUCGGGCCUCCCCUUCCCCAUGCCGAGCUCUACUCGCUCUUCAACAAGAACGUCUGCGAGCUGGGAGCCCCCUGGGAUUGGCCUCGAGGCCCCAUGGUCUGCCCUCUUGACAUCAUCUUCCGCGCAUGCUCCACCAUGCACGCCUGGCUGGCAUCAGACGAGGACCACGUGGCCGUGCUGCACACUCGCAGCCCCAGCACUGCCGGGGGGGCCUCCUUUUUGCGCUUCAUUGCCGCUUGCUACCUCACCCAUAGUGCAGAGUUCGCCAGUGCAUGGCAGGCCCUCGCUUCCCUCCCGCAGCCCCUCGGCCAGUCAGCAUGUGCCACGUGGCACGCUCUCCCUUGCUCUGGGGUGACUGAAGGGCAGCAGGAGGGGGAGAAUGGGGGCCAGGGGGAUGGGAAGGGGCAGGGGGAGGGGAAGGGGCAGGCGGAGGGGAAGGGGCAGGGGGGGAGUGGGGAGUGGGAGGAGGUGGGAGGGCAGCGUGGCAGCAUGGCACAGUACCGCUAUUGCGGCUAUGUGGACGAGUUUGUCAAGGCGGGGCAAGGGGAUGAGCCGUCCCUCGCAGCUCUUCCCCCUGCCGCUCCGAUUCUCCGGAAACUUAUUCUCAGCGCGUGCCCCUCCAUUGAUGGGGCCGGCGUCUUUCGUCCUUAUCUCAAGGUGUUUCGGAGGGGGGCGGAAGUGAGCAGCACUGUGCUCCCUGGGGAGGUGCCCCCCUCCUUCCCCACUGGCUCGGCCUGGAUGGUGCCCUUUGAAGUCAACGCCACUGUGUGGGGCGACUGUGCCUUUGCCGUGCACAACUGGACAGGCAACAGCAGCAGGGACGACAGCGAGCCUGUGUUCGUAUUCGCCUUCCACUCUGCGUUCCUCCGCAUCGGCCUCACCAGAAUAACCCUCCACGAGCUCGACUGUGCAUACGGGGGCGACAUCCAGGUGCCAGCUGACUUCUUUAUUGACGUGCUUAUUGAGAUGCCCCGGCCACGCGGCAGCACGCCAUUCGCCGGCGCUGAUUCUUCUGACAACGCACCAGGUGGCGCGAUGCUGAGCUGGCAGCAGCUGCUGGCGGCGUACCGGAAUGACCCUGAGGACGCUGCCAGGAGGCAGCAGCAGGGGAGGGAGGAGUCAAGGCAAAAUGGUGACGCAAUGAGGGAGAGCAGGGAGAAGAGGGGCCAGCAGAUGGGUGGGGCAACGAGGCCGGGGGGUGGGAUCUCAGCCGCUGAGGAGAGCGGGGCAGCAGCAGAUCAGAGGAGCAUUGCCCGGAGCUUGGUGCAUGAGGUGCAGUCGCACCCUCUCCUGCGACUCACAGGGCAAACAGGCGUUCUAUUAAGCAUGCCGGCCGUGACAGGGACCAGCACACUGGCCCUGCAGUCAGCCCAACCUGCCAUCCCUGCAGAUUCUUCUGGUUUCCUCCAAUCAAGAAGCAACAACAGCCUCCCUUUCCUCCCUCUCUCGUUUGACACACCCACUCCUGCCUUUCCCCCCUCUCCCUCUCACCACGACCUCUCCGUCACUCCCACCCCACCUCACAUGCCGCCCUCCCCCCACUCGCCCCUUCCCCACGAUUCCUCCCCUUCUCCAUCCCUCCCCCACGAUUUUAGCUCCUCUUUUUCCUCCUCCACCCCUCCUCCUCCUCUCUCCUCCGCCCCCCCUGCUGUUGCACCUCCCUCCCAAGACCUAGACUCUCUAGCGGACCUGCUCAUCCGCAUGUCCCUUUCCACUGGCACGCGCCACAGCAUGGGGGGCGGCGGUGCAAAGGCGAAGGGGAUGGGGGGGGAGCUCCACAGUGUGGGGGGCGGCAGUGCAAAGGCGAGGGGAAUGGGGGGCGACAGGCCGAGCAUGGGGGGUGCGCAGGAGAUGGCGGGGACACGCCAGGGGAUGGAGGGUGCGUGUCCGCAUAUGGAGGGGGGAUCAGGGCAGGCUUUUAUGUCUGGGCGGGAUGCUGGGGAAGGAGGGGAGAGCAUGUGGGAGGGGAAGCGGGGGGAAAGGAAGGGGGGGGAAGCAGCACAAGGGGGAGGGGAUGAGACUGCAGGACAAGGGCUGGACAGGGGAUGGGAUGAUGGAGAAGUGAGAGGAAUGAGAGAAGGAGUGAGGGUUGGGCAGUUAGAGGGAGUGAGGGAGGGAGAGAGAGAGGGAGCGGGGGAGGAAGAGAAAGGAGUGAGGGAGGAAGAGGAAGUACGAGUGAGGCAGGGGAGUGAAGUGGGAGGAGUGUGGAGGCCAGAAGCGGCUGAAGUGGGUGGGGUUCACUCCUGCCAAAGUGCUCCUGCUGUUUCCAACGGUCACACAACAAGGGAAGCAGCGACACCUGUGCCUCAAGCAAACGGCCUCCUAGGGCCCUCACAGGAGCCUAGGUUUGAACCCAGGGAAACGGCGAGUCGUGGCACCAAGUCUACUCACCAGCUUCCGCGUCCUCCCCCCCUUCCCCUUACACCCUCGGGUAGUAAUGCCCCUGCUCCUCCUUUCCCUCACCCUUCUACCCCCUCUCCUUCCCUGUCUACCCCCCUCAAGCCCAAAACGGUUCCGUCCCCUUCUGCUCCUCCUCCUCCCCCGCCUCCCCCUCCCCCACUCUCCGGCCUCCCCCCCCCUCCCCCUCCCCCUAUGCGCCUGGCCUCAGGCAAACUGGCUGCGCCUGGGAUGGGGGGAGACAGGGGCGGAGGGGAGGGGGAGAAUGGAGAGGGGGGAGGGGGCCUUUGCCCUCCUGCCCGCCCCUUGCACUGGACUAAAGUGGCUAAUGUGAAGGGGACAAUAUGGGAGGAUAUAGAGAGGGGAGGGCUAGUUGGUAGAGGGGGGGUGAGUCAGGGGGAGAGACCAGGGAUGGGGGGCGGUGGUGAGGAGAGUGAGAACAGCAGCAGUCUUAUAUCAAAGGUGACUCUACCAGAUGAGAUGAGGCGAGCCGUCCGGGUGCUGUUUCAGGUGAAAACCACAAAGUCGGGGGGAAUGUCCAAGACAGGGGGAGGCUCGCAAGGGGAAGGGGGAGGCACAGGGGUUAGGAAGGGGUUAGGAAAGGACGAGCUGCAGGUGGUUGGUUUAGCUAGGGCUAACAAUGUAGCAAUCAUGCUGACUCAAUUCCGCAUGCCGGAAAAUCAAAUCCGGGAUCUGAUCCUCGCAGGAGAUCCCUCACACGUACUGCCACCUGACCGCCUGGGCCUGCUACUUCAGGUGAUUCCAACAGAGGAGGAGGCGGCGCGGUUCAGAGCUGUUUCAGGUGCUGCUUCAGGUGCCAUGUGCCCACCUGAGCGGUUCUUAUGGUCCAUGGCUUUAAUUCCCAGGCUGAGGAGGAAAAUCGAGGCGCUUAUGUUUGCCCGGCACUUCCACACCAUAGUCAACGACGCCCGGGCAGUCAUAAAAGUUUUCAGUUCUGCUGCCCGAGCGAUUCGAAGCAGCGAGUUUCUCCGGGCGGUGCUGGCAGCGGCACUUGAAGUGGGGAACGAGCUCAACCGAGGCAGUGCAAGGGGCUCUGCCCGUGGGUUCUCUCUAGACUCCCUCGCCCGCCUCUCAGAAGUCCGCAUCACGCCGCCCUCUCACCGUGCCGUGCCCUUCGAGCCCGACCAAUCGCCACAGUCCCACCGUGCCGUGCCCUUGGAGACAGAGUCAGCAGCGCGAGGGACUCAGCCCAGCCAAGCAGCAGCUGCUAGUACGCAUAGUCAGCAGCGCGAGGACAGUCAACAGGGCCAACAAAGUCAAUCCCCAAACACCUCUCGAGGACUGCCUUCCGGCUCGCCAUUCCUGCGCACACAGUCCUUUCCCGCCACACGAGCCAACCCUACCUCCUCUUCCCCGUUUUCCUCCUCGUCUCCCUCCUCCUCUGCCCGUCCCUCCUCCCCCUUCCCCGCCUCUGCUACCAUCACUGCCACUACAGCUGCAGCCUCCCCCUUCCCCUCCCAUCCUGCACCCCUCAUCGCUCGUGUGACCACACUUCUCGACGUGGUGGUCAUUCUGGUCAAAGAAAGUGGCUGCUUGGACGCCUUGGGGAGACACGAAAGCCUGGAGAAGCUGACAGUAGAGCUGGCAGCAGUGGGGGAGGCUGUGCGGACGUCCCAGGCUGACGUGGCAGAUGCCACAUCAGCACUCGACACGGGCCUGCGAUUGGUGGGUGAUGAGGUGCGGCUUCUGCAGCAGGAGAAGGAGCAGGCGAAGGAGCAGGAAGAGAAGCAGGGGGAGCAGCAAAAGAAGCAGCAAGGAGUGAAGGAAGAGAUUGAGAGGGAGGGGAACAAGCGGGAGCCGAAGGAAGAGGCAGCGAAUGGGAAGGAGGAAGGGAAGGGCGGCUUGCUGGCUGUGUUGACAGAGUUCAGGUCGCAGGCAAAGAAGGAGAGGGAGGACCUGGCUAAGGAUGCUGACGAGUGCAGGUCAACGCUUCAGCAGCUGGCCGCGUACCUGGGAGAGUCCAAACCGCAGCCUUCGACCUCAGACGCGCUGUUUGCAUCCCUGUGGUCCUUUGCCAUGCUCUUUGACAGAGCACAGACAGUGCUUGACCUUUGACAUUACCUUCAAUAACACUUCCAUCCAUGACAACUGACGACUUCAUUACCCUACCACGAGGACACGUCAUGCCGCAGAGCACACGUCUGGUAUGGAGGAGUCAAUUGGCCAUUAGAUGACUGCACGAGUCUACGUACCUUGAACAAUAACAUGUGCACGAAUCAAGUAUUUCAAACAUAUGUUUCCCCUCUUCGUCUUGGGGCAUAUUCUUACGAGCUGAUAUACGUAUUCGUCUCAAUUGAUAUCCAGUUUGAUGAUGUUUUACCAUGCUUUC